AUGGCACCGAUCGAGCCCCGCGAUGCUGCUGCUGCACUUUCCGUCUACUCCGUGAGAGUUUCCAACGUUGUGACGAUCACGUCAUACUUGUUUGUUGUGAUAUCCUUCACGGUGACGACCUCCUUGGUCGUUUUCUGCUACUGCGGUUUGUCUGCCGGGUUCGACAUCUUCCCUGCUCAAGAACCUUUGCAGAAAUCGGCAGACCAGUCAGGCUUUGAUACCACUGAAAGAACAGGGAUCUAG